AUGGGCCUACUCGGCUCGGAAGUCGCUAUACGCCUUUCGGUGGUCCUUUUCCCGGCUCUCAUUAUCUAUUGGCUCCUCUAUCCGUGGUACUUUUCGCCCUUGCGGAAAAUCCCAGGUCCUUGGUACGCGGUCUACACAAAAUGGUGGCUCGUCUACAAAACCUGGCGGGGAGUCCGUGCAAAGACCAUUCACGAUCUUCAUCUCAAGUACGGCCCCUGGGUCCGUGUCGCACCGGACGAGAUAUCGACUUCGGACAGCAAGGCGAUAGCGCCCAUCUAUGGCGUCAACUCCGAGUUCACCAAGACGGCAUUCUACACGUACCAGCUGCGCGGCAUACCUGAGCUCUUUACCAUGUCAGACCGCAAGGCCCAUGCCAAACGACGGCGCGAGUUGGCUCACCUGUUUUCCAUGUCCACGAUCACCGAGUACGAGGACAUCAUCGCAGGGAACGUCCUCGAAUGUAUGGACCUCAUUGCUGCAGAAGGGAAGGCCGGCAAGGCCAGUAACCUCUACGACUGGUGGCAUUAUCUGUCCAUGGACAUCAUCUGCGAACUCUCCUUCGGAUUAGGGUUUGAUAUGCUUCACAAAGGAGCGGUCAAUCCGUACAUCCAGGACAUGUACGGAUCACUCACGAUCGAGCCCAUCCGGUGGCAUUUUGGGUGGUUGAACCGAUACGCAAGCUGGGCGCCGUUCAAAAUUGUCCGGGACGCCGAGGCCUGUAGCGUCCGGGGCUUUGAAAGAGGCACCAAGAUUGUGCAAGAAUAUAAACAGAAAGAGGACAAAGGCCAACGCAAAGAUCUGCUGCAGAAGAUGAUUAACGCGAGAGAUGAAAAUGACCAACCUCUCCCAGAAAACGACUUGAACAUCCAAUCCACCAGUUUCAUCCUCGCGGGCUCCCAUACCACCUCUUCGUCACUGACCUGGAUUGUCUGGCGCAUCCUUUCGGACCCUGGUAUCUAUCGAAAGUUGAACGAGGAGCUCGACGAGGCUCUAGGGACCGAGGAUCGUCGCGCUGUUCCUCCACAUUCCAAGCUCGACGGGCUCGCUUACCUCAAUUGCAUCAUCAAAGAAGGUCUACGGAUUGACACCUCAGUGCCAGGCUCGACGCCUCGAUACGUCCCUCCCGAGGGCGCGGUGCUUGGCGGCUACAACCUGCCCGGAGGCACCAUCGUCUCGAUCCAAGCAUACACCACGCACCGACAACCCGACGUCUUUCCAGACCCCGACAGAUUCUGGCCCGAGCGCUGGCCAGACGAGACACCGGAAAUGCGACAUCUCUACGUCCCCUUUGGGGCUGACGGCCCACGGAAAUGCAUCGGGAUCCACCUGGCUUACAUGGAGCUGCGCGUCAUUCUUGCCGCAUUGUUCCACCGGUUUGAUCUUCGUUUCGCAGGACCGGUCUCGGACGAGAGCAUGGACGUGCAUGAGCUCUGGCUUGCCGCCCCGGCGGGACAGAACCUCAGCGUCAUCGCCACGGAGAAGGAGUAG